CAGAAGCUGCCCGCAAACAGCAACGAGAAAUUACCAGAGCUCAACGCACAGUUCAACGAAGUACUGUUGAUUUGGAAAAGGAAGAAAAGAAACUCGAAACUGAGAUUAAAAAACUGGCUAAACAGGGACAAACAAAAGCUUGUCAGACGCUGGCUAAACAGUUAAUUCAAAUUCGCAAUCAAAAAACACGAGCAACUGCAGCCAACUAUCGCAUCGGAGCAGUGGGAGCACAAGCAAAGAUGAUGGGUGCUAACAAUGUCGUGGCCGCUGCUAUGGGCAGCGCCUCAAAUGCCAUGAAGGUGACCAAUGAACAAAUGAAUCCGGAAAAAAUAUCAGGCAUACUGAAACAAUUUGAGGAAGAAAACAUGAAGAUGGACAUGAAAGAUGAAAUGAUUGAAGAAAGUCUGAAUGGCAUUUUGGACAAUUCAGAUGAUGAAAGCGAACAAGACUUAGUUGUCAAUAAAAUACUAGAUGAAAUUGGAAUUGAAGUUAAUCAAAAGUUAUCAAAGGUGUCUGCACCUAAAGGCGAUUUAAGCAUGAAUGACAUUGAAGCUUUGAUCUCUGGCCCAAGUACAAGUAGCCGACAAGCUCUAAAACAGUAA